GGGCUUCCUGGCUCAGCCGCGGGUGCCCAAGGGGUGCAGACAGCUGCGCGGGCCUCUCGGCCCAUAGGUGGAGCAGUUUUCCAGGCCUCGCCCGCCGCGGAACUAGGUUUUCAGCCGAGUGGAGGCCGGUAUGGGUCUGUUCCGCGCCUUCCCGGCUCGCGCCCCGCUGUUGCGCGCACUGCGCCUCCUACGCCCCUGGAGGGCCCUGGGGGCCCGCGGCAGCGCUUCGGACCCGACUGCCGGGGGCUGCGAGAUCCAAGUGUGCGCCCUGGCGGGGUCCGACCAAGGAAUCACGGAGAUUGUGAUGAACAGACCUGAGGCUCGCAAUGCCUUGGGCUACGUCUUUGUGAGUGAGCUGCAGGAUGCCCUGGCCCGGCUGCGGGAGGACCCACAUGUGCGCGUCCUGCUCUUCAGAAGUGCCGUGAAGGGUGUGUUCUGUGCAGGUGCGGACCUGAAGGAGCGGGAGCAGAUGAGUGCAGCAGAGGUGGGGGUCUUUGUCCAGCGACUCCGAGGCCUGAUGAAUGAGAUUGCAGCCUUCCCCACACCCACCAUUGCAGCUAUGGAUGGCUUUGCCUUGGGCGGAGGCCUGGAGCUGGCCCUGGCCUGUGACCUCCGAGUAGCAGCUUCCACAGCUGUCAUGGGGCUGAUAGAGACCACUCGAGGGCUGCUUCCGGGGGCAGGAGGGACUCAGAGGCUGCCCCGCUGCCUGGGGGUGGCCCUUGCAAAGGAGCUUAUCUUCACUGGACGGCGGCUGACUGGGGUGCAGGCCCACACCCUGGGGCUGGUGAAUCACAGCGUGGAGCAGAGUGAGGAGGGCAAUGCCGCCUACCACCGAGCGCGAGCCCUGGCCCAAGAGAUCCUGCCCCAGGCCCCCAUUGCUGUGCGGCUGGGCAAAGUAGCCAUCGACCGAGGAAUGGAGGUGGACAUUGCAUCAGGGAUGGCCAUUGAAGGGAUGUGCUAUGCCCAGAACAUCCCAACUCAGGACCGGCUGGAGGGCAUGGCAGCCUUUAGGGAGAAGCGACCCCCAAAGUUCGUGGGCAAGUGACCUCAUGCACAAGAGCUGCACCCCAAAGGAGCUGUAGCAGUACUGCCUCAUCACGGUACCUUGCUGGCCUUUAGUUUCUUCACAUGGAAGGCGAUGGAUACAAAAUGGAUGGCCUUGUACCAAGAUGCUGACCACCCCACGUACAGCUGCCUUCCUUGCUCCUCACCCUACCUAGACAAUCACUGGCAUUGCUUUGCCUUGCAGAAUGCUUGGUUCUCCCUACCCAAAUGACAAACUACAGUUUCAGGUGGAGCCCUCUGUCUGUAUGGGUGGCACUCAGGCCUUGGCCUCGGCCUCAUCACCAGCAUGCUUUAUACGAGUGCCAGCAAGAGGUUGUAAAAAGCUCCUUGUCUCUUCCUUUGGAAAGGAGAGAUUCAAUCAGUCUGAGUACUGGUUGAGCCUGUGUCAGGACUUGGACCUCAGCAUCCUAGUACCUGCUGUAUAACUUUGGAAAAAUGGUUAACUUCUUAGGCUUCACCUUUGUUAUAUGCUCAAUGAAUCUGCUGUGAAGAUUUUUAAAACCCUCACAUUCAAUAAACAUGUUGUAACUGUUAA